UCAGCGCACUCAGCUGCGCCUCAGACGCGUUCAGUGCCGCGCACACGAGUUUCCAGUCGAUCCGUAAACUUUAGUAACUCCAGGUCUGCUUUCACAAACUUCAUUUGGUUCCGGAAACAUGCUGGAUGAACACUGAUUUUUUUUUUCUUUUUUGCAAUUCCGCCGCUAAAUAAGUUUGUUUUCCAAUCCGAGCAGGUACAAUGGCCGCAUUCUUCAGCGGAUCGACAGAUUAGAGGGGUAAAAUCAGGUCUCUGCAGAUUGGGCCACAGAUAGCAAAGAAGACACACUACAACCAUGGAUCUUGGAAACGAUGUAGAUCUGUCCAAUAAUAACAUCACGCCUUUGUGGAGACGACGUGGAGACAACAGUAAAAGCCCCCAGGACUUGAGCAAAUCCAAACAUCGACCCCACAGUUACCACAUCAAUGGGGUCUCGCAAACGGACUUUCCCGUGGAGGACAACAAAUGUUCCUUCACCUUGAGCCAGCCUGCUGAGAGGCUUGUGGUUGCACCUCCAAGGAACGCUGUGUUGCUAAAGCAUGUUCUCCACAAACCCUCAAGGAAAACAAGAGUUGUCCGAAGCAUCAGCAUUGGGCACCUCUCCAACGUACGCUUCACUUUGUCCAAAUUUAGGUCUGAGGAUAACAGAUCUGCUUCGCUGGACAAUAGACCGUGUAAUGGAGACAGUAACCGGGGGAAACCCACUAAUGGAGAGACAGUGUGGCCUGAAAAGCGUCUUCAGGAGCCUAAGAAACGCACGCCCAGUCCGUUCAGGCUGAGCUCACCAAAAGAUCAGGUGUCAUUUGGGACUAAUUCAUCUUCACCCGAGGAUGUUUCUCUUAAACGUUCCUCGCCCGUGCUGUCCUCACACACUCCCAACAACAACUACAACCACUGUGAACUGUCCUCCCUGUCAUCCACAUCCAGCUCCUCUCCUCCAACCCGUCGCACCCUCACCCCUUCCCACAGCUCCACUUCCAGCAUCCCCUCGCUGUCUUCUCUAACCUCCUCAGACCCUCCGACCCCACGUUCCCCAUCGCCGGCAGACAGAGGCCAGGCAGCGCUCAGACAGUCUCAGACAUCCUCACCUGCAUCCUCACAGGACACCAGGCAUGCCUCUUCAGCUUCUUCCCUCUCCUCUACCUCACCCUCACUUUCCCCGUCUGUCUCCCCCAUUCCCUCCAUCGUCCUCAGCACCAACAGCCCCGCUGCCCUGAAGAUGGGCACCCAUCAGCUCAUUCCUAAGGGUUUAGCAUCCGAUACCCGGCAUAGCAAGACGCCUCUGUCUGCACCACAUGGCCAGGGUUUGGCAGGGCUGCUGGGGUUGGAUCCUUCCAAACGAGCUAUGAAAGCCCUGAGCAUGGUGGAAUCAGGACCGUACUUUUCUACAGGAGGGGGCCGUGGUGAGGGGGCAGAAGGGGAAAGUGAGAGCCCAGGGACACUGAGGCGAGGCUUGAGGAGUACGUCCUAUAGGAGGGCAGUUGUGAGUGGAGUGGACUUAGAGGUCCCAUCUUCGGAUCCCAAGGGUCAUCGCCUGUCCCAGCCUGCCAUCAAAGGACAAGGCAUGGAUAAUCUGGAUUCACCAGUUAGCGCAACAAGUCCUGGCGCUGUAAGCCUCACUGCCAGCCCAGGAGCUGCCAAGCCUGUGAGCCCUGGGAUGCCCAAAGCUGUCAGCCCCAGGAUUUCAAAGCCUGCUAGUCCUGGGACGGAAAAGCCUAAAAGCAACGGGAUAAACAAGAGUCCAGAUAAGAGAAAAGUUCUGACCAGUCAGCGGACUUUUGACAGCGAAGAAGAGGAGCUGUACCAGAACUACCAGGAGAAGGCCUUGCAUAAUGACUCCGAUGAAGAUGCCGAUUCCCGAGAACCCAAACCCGAUAACGGCAUCGUCGUGCAGUACAGACCCAUACGUACCUCCUGGAGCCAGCUCAGCGUGGUGAAGAAAAGUGGACUGUCUGACCAGAUAAGUCAGGAGGAACGCAAAAGACAAGAGGCCAUUUUCGAAGUGAUCUCGUCGGAACACUCAUACCUCCACAGUCUGGACAUCCUGAUCCGCAUGUUCAAGAACUCUGCAGAGCUCAGAGAGUCCAUGACCAAGACUGAACACCACCACCUGUUUUCCAACAUCACCGAUGUCUGUGAAGCCAGCAAAAAGUUCUUUAAGGAACUGGAGGAAAGACACCAACAGAACAUAGUGAUCGAUGACAUCAGUGACAUUGUUUUCAAGCACGCUCAGUCCAACUUCGAUCCUUAUGUCACGUACUGCUCCAAUGAGGUCUACCAACAGAGAACCCUGCAGAGGCUGGUCACCAAGAAUCCAACUUUUAAGGAGGUUUUGACCAGGAUAGAGGGCCACCCAGACUGCAGGAACCUCCCCAUGAUCUCUUUCCUCAUCCUGCCCAUGCAGAGGGUCACCCGUCUGCCCCUGCUCAUGGAUACAAUCUGUCAGAAGACACCUAAAGACUCGACACAAUAUGAAGAGUGUAAGAAAGCUUUACAAGCAGUCAGCAAGGUGGUAAGAAAAUGCAAUGAAGGAGCUCGCACGAUGGAGAGAACAGAAAUGAUGUACACCAUCAACUCUCAGCUGGAGUUCAAGAUCAAGCCUUUCCCCUUGGUCUCGUCCUCCAGGUGGAUGGUAAAGAGAGGGGAGCUGACUGCGUUUGUGGAGGAUAAUGGCAUCUUCCUCAAGCGGACGUCCCGGCAGCAGGUUUACUUCUUCCUCUUCAAUGACGUCCUCAUCGUCACCAGGAAGAAAAGUGAGGAGAGCUACACCGUGAUCGACUACGCUCUGAGGAAUCACAUCUCGGUGAGUUCCUGCCAACCGGAGGACGUCAACCUGUCGCCGGUCAGAAGCACCGCCGGCAUGCUGAGCUCACGGCAAUCUGGUGCCAACCACCUCUUCCGACUGUGUUUCUAUAGCAACCACUCUGGGGAAAAGGUGUCCAUGAUCCUUGGAACGGAGUUGCUGAAUGAGCGUGCUCGAUGGAUCAGUGCUCUGGGCCAGAAUGUCAACAGUAAGAAGAGCCAGGAUAGAACCAGUAAGUGGCCACUU